AUGAAAGGGUCUCGUUCUGCUGUAUGGGCUUUCCCCAAGGUAGGAAACACCACAGAUAGCCCAAGUUCAGCUGAGGAGCUUGAAGUUUUAGUAGAAGCUGGGCACCCCAUUGUCCCUAAAACUGAUGGAUUGUUCGAUAAUGUCCAUGCUGCCAAAAUCGAGCAUAUAGAAGACCUAUGUUUGAGAGAAGGUGACAUGCCAGAGCUAUUAGCUUGGACCAUGGCAAAAGUUGCUCGGCUAAAAUCUCUGGACAAAUGUACUAGUAGUUCCUUUGCAAUGGCAGCUCAUGAUGCAGGAGUUGAACACAGAGGAGGCAAAUAUGAUGACAUUGCUAUGGUCGUUGCGUACAUUCUUUCUGCAGAUUGUUCUUUGCAUUCAAAAGACAGUUUGGGAGAAAUUGACAACAAUGAAGUUGGAGAUGAUGCAUCAUCUGAUCCCAAAGAGGCAAGUGUCACAGCUUAUAAAAUGAGUAACUGGAGGAACGAAAAAAAAGCAACAAGCAAACGCAUGAACACUGGAAUAAGCUGGCGAAAUGGAUACUUCUUAGGAGAAUCAUCAAGGAAAUGGAAAAAGUGUGGAAAUUCAACCCAAAAAGUCCAUGGAAAGCUUCAACUCAAGCAAAAUCUGUUCAAUACUGGAUGA